GUCAUAUCCGCAGAAAAGGUUUUCCUUUUUAAUUGUGACAAUACUUACAAUUUAGAAAUAGUAGAGAGGUUUUUGCUUGAAGUAGAGGAGAAAUAUGGCUUCAAAUUCUCAGUUGAUCGUCUUUAUUUUGGUCUGCAACGAAUGGCUGAGGUGUGCGACAGGAUUAUACCUACACUGGAUAUGGACGUCGCUGUCUUUGUUGUCCACGCGAACGAAUCUCGUCUCUUUAUCAACGAAGACAACGCUGGGAUUGGUUUCGCGAGAGUCUAUCCAGCUUUGCUUAAAAAAACAGGUGGGCUUCAGCUAUCUCUUAAUGGCUCGCUUUCCAUUGCAUGAUUUGGUUUAAGGCAGUUUUAGAUACGCACACUGGAGAUUGGUGAUAUACUUAGCUUGCCUUCCACUGACUCGGUACAUAAGUUUUAAAAACGCACGCACAUGGUUGGUAAUUUUACUAAUACAUAUCCAGUUUAAAACGUAAGACACGGCAAUAUAAAACUUGUUCGACGGAUGCUUUGAUAGUUCACGCACAGAAUGAGAUGUUGAUACAACUGCAGAAGAAACCGUUCUCAACCGUAAGUCCCGUGACCCCUUCUUUUUAUUCCAAUAAUCUAUACUGUGAAGGCUUAAUUAGUUAAUAAAACGCUUUCAAAGUCCUUUUUAUAAUAUAAGAUAUGGUCAGGAUGGAAAAUAGUUAAUCGAUUAGGAAGGUAAAGACGUAAAAACUCCUGAAGCACUUUCGAUUUUAAGGGCAUCAGUUCAUAUGACACGCAGAUUCUAAACUAAUGAAGAAAAGUGUCCUGGAGAGCUCCAUACAAUUCCUCGUAAUUUUAGUAUAAGGAAUUGUAUGGAGCCUUCCAGGAGACUUUUCUUCAUUAGUUUAGGCGCGGCGGAUUUUGUCACGUAUGAUCAACGCGAGGAGUUUUUCCCGACCCUCUUCUGUCAGGCAAAUGGAAUCAACAACAAGUUUAUUCAGUAUUACCAUUUUGUACAGGUGUUACCACAGGUGGCCCAAGCUCGGUGCAUAAAUUACCGCGAGUUUCGAUACUGUUUUGCAUAUUACGAACGAUUUGAAGAAUUUGUAUGAGAAAUUCAUUAUAGCUGUAGAAAUACAGGCAUGAAUAUAGAAAUAAAUUGUACUUUCGUAAACUUGGGCCUGUUGUUGCCUUUUCGGUGUAACCUGGGCUCAAUUCAUGGGAGUUUUAUACGGUUUUACGGCACGUUGUUUAUUCGGUGUUGUUUUCCUACGUAAAGCGAAGCAAAGCAGGUGACUGCACAGGUGGCUCAAGCUCGGUGCAUAAAUUACCGCGAGUUUCGAUACUGUUUUGCAUAUUACGGACGAUUUGAAGAAUUUGUAUGAGAAAUUCAGUAUAUCUGUUAAAACGUAGAAAUGUGGGCAUAAAUAUAGAAAUAAAUUGUACUUUCGUAAACUUGGGCCUGUUGUUGCUUUUUCUGUGCAAUCUGGGCUCAAUUCAUGGCCGUUUUAUACGGUUUUACGGCACGUUGUUUAUUCGGUGUUGUUUUCCUAUUUAAAUCGGAGCAAGGCAGGUGAGUGCGUGCAGUCUUGACUCGCAAAUCUCUCCCACACCGAUGAACGGCGCACUGAUUCGCCAUUGAAGCGUCAGUUCUUUAAGGUCGCUUAAGUCUAUCAUCUAUUCGCCUCUUCAAGGGUAUCGUGAUGCGUUAUUUGAAGAAAUAAUUUUGGAAAGCUUUCGGUUCUGGGCAAUCUGGCGUUCGCUCAGGUAACUCGAUGACUACGUGUUGCGCGGUGAACGCGAACAUGGACUCAGGGGAUUCCGGUAAUCAAUAUUGCAUGACAAAACAUGGAUCUUCCUACCCUCAGAUAGUCUACUGAUUGCGCGUGAGCGGUGUUUGGAAUUAUCCAAUUACAUGAGCGAAUAUAAAAUGUUCGCCUUCCUUUUUUUUUUUUUUAGAUGAGAACGUGCUAAUCGUGAUAGGCGGAGACAGUAACUACAGAGAUGAAAACGAAGAAGUACGGUUUGUCAUCUCGCGCUGGGCGAGAAAGAAGGUGGCUUCUCAGUGCAGUGCAGAGUAUCUGGAUGGAAGGCAAAGCUUUAUCUUCUCUUGGGAUAAAAAACACCGAAUGAUUCACGAGGAAGCAAUGCGGCAUUUCCUUGAUCAGGGCAAAAGGGGAUCCAAGUUUGAAUACACACUACCCAGGCCCUUGCCAAAGCCCAUACCGCCUGUGAUCCCUCAGCACCUGUCGAAGCCGAAAACAACUGUGGCCACCUUUGCAGGUAGGAAUGUGAGGCAAGAGGUAAGAGCUAUAGUCUUCACUCUUUAUGCCCGGGAACUUACUGGAAGAUCCCGGUUUUAAGCCCUGGGCUUUUUCAAUUUGGAAAAGAGUAUUGGAUGGGCUUAUGAUAAGAGGAGGCUUAAUAACGUAAUAAUUCCAAGCCACACCCUCUUCCGACACCAACAGCCCCUAACCGCAUCAUUGCAUCGAGAUACUCUUUCAAUAGCCAAUCAGCUUGAAACGACAAAUGGAAGUUAGCAUGACCUUUAAAAAUAGUAAUGGCUAAGUGAGUAUUACCCAAAAAUACACACUGAUAAUGAUAACGCUGGCCUUUCCGGCCUUCUUCAUGUCUAGUCCUUCUUUUCUGGCCGCACCUUUCCCUGAUCCGGCUUAAGUGUAAGAAGAUCGAAUUUAGUUUGUAAAGUUUUCACCAAAAAACUUUAACUAAAAUGAAUUUAUUUUAUUACUUUUAACUUAUGUUGUUUUUCCAUCCUUCGGAUAGUCGUCUUUGGUGGAAAGUAACACAGAAAUCCUUAUCCAAGACAACGAACAAGAUACUUACCGAGGUGAAAAUCUUUCGCUUGUUAUAAUUAAUGAUUUAGGGGAAUAAGUUUGGCUAAGGACCGUUGAACCUCGUAUCAUGUGCCCUUGUCGAUGUAUCCAGUUAUUUUAUGAUUGUAUGUACAGUAUAGUACUGAGUAAGUAGUAAAAGCCUCACACUUUUAAUUGUGUCUUGCUUUCUCGGUUCAAGGAAACAUAAAAAACAUAUUAAGUUUAUUUGUAGUAUGAAAACCAACAAGGCUAUUCAAAAUCGCCCUUAAUAAAUGGACUGAAGCUUGAAAAAUAAAAGAUGCUCAGUAAUUUUAAUCUAUCUGCACAAAGCGGAAGGGCCGGUCCCCGUGAGAGAAUGACGUCAAUGACUGGGACAAUCGCAGUUAUCGAUGAUCAGCGUAAGCAGGCUAUCAGUUGCGCUGUUUCAUCAGCAGAUUAUUCAUAAAUGGAACGACAAAAUCAGGGCUCGAAAAAAACUUUAAUUCAAGCUAGUAGUUCGGCAAGCUGAUUUCACACUUUGCUGCCCAGGGCUACUUCUUGCUCCUCUGAGUUAUUGAUUUUGUCACGGGAUGACUUGCCUGGACCCCUCCUUAUUGGACAAGGACGCUUUUAAUGUUACUUGCCCAGCAAGUCCUGAUAAUUUAGUGAUUAAAAGAUAAAUCCUUAAGUGUACGUGUUUUUUAUAUUGUAGCGAUAAGUUCGGUUAUUAGUGGGAGAUCAGCUGGUGUCGAGGUAGAAACCGUUUUUCUGGAAACAAAAGUACGUUAUGGAGAGAUUUCGUACAACACCAAGGACGUCCUACAGCGUAAAAGUGGGUGGCGACCUUCAGAGAGACAGGUGUCG